GUGGAGGACAGAAUGCUGGAUGAUCUGUUUUGAUCUCUUACGAUCUAACUUUAUAAUGUGUCGACAGAUGUAAUCUGGAUCACGUGUAGAGGGUCGGCGUUCAAUUUGAAACUUGAUCGUCAGCUGACAAUUGAUAUCAGUUCAAUUUUCUAUGCUUUUUGAAUAUAACGAAUGACUUAUUUGGGGGGAGUUGGCUAUACUCUUAUUGGAGUGGGUCCUUGUUUAGUUCUUUUCCUAUGUACAGUCGCCAAUUGUCCAACAAAAGUCAUUUUACUCACAGCCAGUGGAUUUUUCUGGUUGGUGUCAUUACUUAUUACAUCUGUGAUGUGGUUUAUAGUCACUCCACUACGAGCUUACCUUGCAUUUGGGAUUCUUAUUGGUGUGUUAAUCCAAGAAAUUCUACGAUUUCUAUUCUUUUUAUUGAUUAUCAAAGCUGAAUCCGGCCUUCAGCUGAUUGUAAGUAGUACAACAACAACAACUACUACUACUAUUUCAAGGCCACAGCUGGCUGAUGGAAUUAACAACGACAACAUUAUUGAUAAUCAUAGUAAUGGAAGAGGAGAAACUGAAAGAAAUGAAGUUUCAAAUUUAACAAGAAAUAGAAAAAUAUCUAGUAGUAAUGUAAUAACAAACGACUAUGAUCAUAAUAUUUUGAAUGAUAGUAAUAAUAGUGGCAAUAUUAAUAAUAAUAAUGUAAAACUUGAUCAUCUUACAGUCGCUUAUGUCUCUGGUUUAGGAUAUGGUUUAAUGAGUUGUAUUAUACAAUCAUUACGUAUGCUUAUCGAUUCCUAUGGCCCUGGAAUAACUAUGUAUUCAUCAUGGAAUUCGAAAACAUUCUUUCUAUUUUCGUCGUGUCAGUGUAUGUGUAUGUCAAUGCUUCAAGUGUUUUGGUCUCUAAUUCUGUUUUCUGCGUUUGUACAACGUGCAUAUGGUCAAAUUAUCCUUGUAUACUUUAUGCAUUUCGGACUAGCUGGCAUGUCGUUAAUCAAUACGUUUUCGUCACCUUGCUCAGAAAUUGUAUGUACAAUAUACGUGAUUUGCCUCAUAGGAAUGAUUAUAUUCGCUUAUUAUCGAUUUCGUUCACAAUUAGUCACUAAUUAUGAAAGAAAUAAUACUGUCGAUUUUAUUAAUUGAGACAGUAAGAGAAAAUUUUAUACAAGCGACAAACAAUCAAUUUUGCCAAAAUCCUUUUUGCCGUUCAAAAUUCAUUAUUCGGUACAAUUAAAAAUAUAGAUCUACCUUUUUCUUUUUUUUUUGUUGUUGACAAAACCCGAUGGUAAUAUGAGGAAACUUGAAUUUCUGCAUCUUUUUUUUUGUAACUAUAUAAGUUAUGUAACAUUAUGUUUAUAACUGUAAACAUUAUUAAUAACACACGUAAUAAAUUGAUCUUUUAAUAUUCCAUUUAUAUUUUCAUGACCCUGAAACUUAUUGAAUUGAUUUUAAGCAAAUAAGUUCAGCUAGAGACGUAAUCUUUAAUUAUAUUCUUAAAUUCCUAAACAUAAAAGGUAUUCAAUUUAAAAGAUGGAAUUAAUAUCACACUAAUAUUUAAAAAAAAGAACUAUAUAUGAUUAGUUAUUAAACUACAUCUAACAUACAUGCGGAUUUAUUCAAACCAUUAUUGAAUAAAUAAUAUUUUUACAAUUUGCUACUGUGACUUUUGUGUCUAGAUUUUGUCUAUCAACCAAUAAAUGAAAUCGAUAUCUU